AGAAGAAGAAAACGAAGGAAAGUCGGUGCCCUAAAAAUGGCGGAAUCGGAGGAGGAGGUAGACGUCUUGGUCCAGAGAGUUGUCAAAGACAUCACUAAUGCAUUCAAGAAGAACCCCAGCAUUGAUGAGAUUGGUGUGAUUCCGUGUCCAGAGCCCCGCUACAACCGCAGUCCCAUUGUGCUGGUGGAGAACAAACUUGGUGUUGAAAGCUGGUGUGUUAAAUUCCUGCUGCCAUAUGUCCACAACAAGCUGCUGCUAUACCGCCAACGCAAACACUGGCUAGACAGAGAAGCUUUAGUGGAUAUUACCUGCACUCUAUUGCUGCUUAACCCAGACUUCACGACCGCAUGGAAUGUCAGGAAGGAGUUACUGCAGUGUGGAGUUCUUAACCCAGAGAAGGACCUCUACCUAGGCAAGCUAGCCCUAACCAAAUUCCCCAAAAGCCCAGAGACAUGGAUACAUCGACGCUGGGUGCUGCAGCAGGUUGUCAAUCAGUUCCCUACUUUGGACCACAAUAAGAAUCAGCACCAACAGGCUGAAGCAGUGCAAGGUGAUCUGGAGAGGAACCAACAGCUUAGUGACCACUUGGCCAGGACACUCCACCAAGAGAUGAAGGUGUGUUCUGAUGCGGCGGGCCGCUAUCCCAGCAACUACAAUGCCUGGUCACACCGCAUCUGGGUGCUGCAGCUCAUGGCCAAGGGCAAUAUCAAGGUUUUCCAUGAUGAGCUGUCGUCUAUGCGCCUGUGGGUGUCAAUGCAUGUGUCUGACCACAGUGGCUUCCACUACCGCCAGUUCCUGCUCAAGGAGCUAAUCAGUGAGAUCUGCCAGGCUCCUGCUCACACCACCACCAGCGGUUCAUCUCAGCAUGGCACCAACACAGUCCCCAAGAGCAGUCCCUGCCAUCACAGCCACACUGAAAAUGAUGGAGAGCCUUUAGGACAAGAGACAGAUGGUGAGGAAGAGGGACAACUAAACUUCUCUACAGUCCUUCAGCUCUUCCACCAGGAGAUGGAACUUUGCUCGGAUCUGAUUGAGUCCUUCCCUGGGCAUGAAACACUCUGGAGUCACAGGCGGCAUGUCUUUUACUUGUGGCACCAAUGGAGGAGGGAGCACCAGCACCAGCAUCACUGCAGCAGAAGAUCAGACUGUAAAUUAAUCCAUCUCACUGACAUACAUCCAGAUGUGCCAGAGAUGAGCUCUCAAAGCUGUGCAAGCCAGAGCAACGAUGUGAAUGGACAGAAGCAUACUAGUGAGCCUAUGGAAGUAGAUGGAGUAUUCUUGCCAGACCCACAUGACAGUAAGCGGCUGAAGAGAGGCAUCCUGCUGCCUUGUCCACCCACCCUGUCAACGGAGCUCAGCUUUGUAAGCAGUGUUCUGGACAGCUGCUGUAACACCGAGCAGAGAUGCUUUGCCGUGGCAUACAAGAAGUGGUUAGAUACGGUCAUUGGCCUGCAGUCUUGAGAGAGAGAGAAAAGAUAGCCCUGUUCUUUCUCAACACUGAAGCAGCCGAUAAACAAAGAUUUAGGAUCAGUUUGCCUGCCUACAGUGCUGACUUAAAUUACUAGUACUUCAAAUGCAGUGAUUAAUUUAGAAACCAGUCAUUGGGCAGCCUGCUUGCAAUCCUGUUUUCCUAACAAUUACAAAGAGAGGGCUGGAUGUGCUUCCUCAAAAACAUCUGGACUCUCUUCAGCUUUGUCUGAGCCAGUAUCCCUUCAGAAUGGAAAUCAGCUCACACAGAGCCUGUUGGCUCACUCUAAUCCUGUUUCUCUGGAUUCUCUUGUUAUCGUCACAUGUCUCAAUACCUCAGGUCAAAUUUCCACUGUUUGUUUGUAUGUGUGUUUGUUUGUUUUUCAGCCAACUUUUGGAAUAGAAAAAAUGUCCAAUAUCAUAUAAAUGGAUUACACAAUAUAUAAUAAAAUGGGGGCAGCACAGUCACCCAGUGGUUAGCACUGUUGUUUCACAGCAAGAAGGUCAGCACCAGGACCUUUCUGUGUGAAGUUUGCAUGUUCUGUGUUUGUGUUUGUU